GGCGGCAGCGGCAGGAGGCGGAGGCGGGCGCGGAGGAGGCGGCGGAUGUGGGGGAUGCGGCGGCUCCUCCGCGGCACACGCUGCUUGGUCUCGCCCCUGCCCGCGCUGGGCUGAGGCGGCCCCGCGCCGGGAAGUCCCGGCAGCGGCGGCGGCACCUGGUGCCGGCGGGCGCCGGGCCGCAUGAACAAUAGGCGGCGGUCCCGGCCCCGCCGCCCCCCGCAGAGCCCGGCUGCCGCGGGCGCCUCCCCCUAUGGAGCAGCCUCGCCAUGGAGCCCCUCACCGAGCUCAGCCAGGAGGGCGCGGGCGGCGGGGAGCCGCCGGGCGACGUGCCGCUCUGGACCGCUGUCUUCGAAUACGAGGCGUGCGGCGAGGACGAGCUGAGCCUGCGGCCGGGGGACGUGGUGCAGGUGCUGUCCCGGGACUCGCACGUGUCCGGCGACGAGGGCUGGUGGACGGGCAAGAUCGACCAGCGCGUCGGCAUCUUCCCCAGCAACUACGUGAGCAGCGGCGUGCAGGGGGGCGGCCCGGAGCUGCGCGCCCGAUACCCGCCGCCCCCCGCCAUACAGCUCCUAGAGAUCGACUUCUCAGAGCUUGUUCUGGAAGAAAUCAUUGGCAUAGGGGGCUUUGGAAAAGUGUAUCGAGCUGUAUGGAUAGGAGAUGAGGUUGCUGUCAAGGCAGCUCGCUAUGACCCUGAUGAGGACAUCAGCCAGACCAUUGAGAAUGUCCGCCAGGAGGCCAAGCUCUUUGCCAUGCUAAAGCAUCCCAACAUCAUUGCCCUCAGGGGCGUGUGUUUGAAGGAACCUAAUCUUUGCCUGAUCAUGGAGUUUGCCCGCGGAGGAUCGCUCAAUAGGGUGUUGUCUGGUAAAAGGAUACCUCCUGACAUACUGGUGAACUGGGCAGUGCAGAUUGCCAGAGGAAUGAACUACCUGCACGAGGAAGCAAUUGUUCCCAUAAUUCACCGUGACCUCAAGUCCAGCAACAUACUGAUACUCGAAAAGGUGGAAAAUGGAGAUCUGAGCAACAAGAUGUUGAAGAUCACGGAUUUCGGCUUGGCCAGGGAAUGGCAUAAAACUACCAAAAUGAGCGCAGCUGGGACAUAUGCCUGGAUGGCUCCUGAGGUCAUCCGCUCUUCCAUGUUCUCCAAAGGCAGCGAUGUUUGGAGUUAUGGUGUGCUGCUUUGGGAACUGCUAACAGGAGAAGUGCCAUUCAGAGGAAUUGAUGGUCUUGCAGUAGCAUAUGGUGUUGCUAUGAAUAAGCUUGCCCUUCCAAUCCCUUCCACGUGUCCUGAACCUUUUGCCAAACUCAUGGAAGAUUGCUGGAACCCUGACCCACACUCACGACCUUCCUUUGCCACUAUCCUAGACCAUCUUACUGCCAUAGAAGAGUCUGGUUUUUUUGAAAUGCCCAAAGAUUCCUUCCACUCCCUGCAGGAAGACUGGAAACAAGAGAUCCAAGAGAUGUUUGAUCAGCUCAGAGCCAAAGAAAAGGAGCUGCGUACAUGGGAAGAAGAGCUGAGUCGUGCUGCUGUUGAACAGAAGAACCAUGAGGAGCUGCUACGAAGGCGGGAACAGGAACUGGCAGAACGCGAGAUUGACAUCCUGGAAAGGGAGCUCAACAUCAUCAUCCACCAGCUGUGUCAGGAGAAGCCUCGGGUCAAGAAACGCAUGGGGAAGUUCAAGAGGAGCCGGCUCAAGUUAAAGGAUGGCAAUCAUAUCAGCUUGCCUUCAGAUUUUCAGCAUAAAUUCACUGUGCAGGCUUCUCCAACGAUGGACAAAAGGAAAAGUUUGAUCAGUAGCUGCUCCAGCCCUCCUGCAAGUCCUACCAUUAUUCCCAGACUCAGGGCCAUACAGUUGACACCUGCUGAAAGCAGUAAAACAUGGGGACGAAGCUCAGUCCUUCCAAAGGAGGAAGGAGGAGAAGAAGAAGAGAAGAGAGGCCAGAAGAAAAAGGGACGCACUUGGGGACCAAGCUCACUUUGUCACAAGGAGCUAGGUGCAGGAGAAGAGGGUCUGAAAGCUCUGGUAGAAGGAUGCAAGCAGUGGUCAUCCAGUGCACCAAAUCUUGGGAAGAUCCAGAGAACUGCACCUGCUUUUCCAGGAUUCACCAGCUUAGCAGAGAUGGAUGAUGAGGACAGCGAAUGUUUUAAUGGGGAGGGCAAAGUGCACCCUUCACCUGUGCACAAUCAGUCAUACCUCUGCAUCCCAUUUCAGAAGAAUGAAGAGUGGGAUGGCCCUUCUAGUGAUGCCAAUGAGGAGUCCACCCCUGUAAACUCUGCUACCAGUACCCCACAGCUGACACCAACCAACAGCCUCAAACGUAGCGGCUCCCACCACAAGCGAUGUGAGGUUGCAUUGCUUGGCUGUGGAGCAGUGCUGGCUGCUGCAGGCCUGGGUUUUGAUCUUUUAGAAGCAGGGAAGUGUCAGCUGCUGAUUGAGGAAGAGCCAGAGGUGCCCAAGGAAGAGAAGAAGAAGCGUGACAGCAUUUUUCAGCGAGCUGGACGCCCACGGAGGAGCACUAGUCCACCUUCCCGGAAGAUCUUCAAGAAGGAUGAUCCCCUCUUGUUGCUAGGCGAGCCAUCCACAUCCCUCACUCUUCUUUCCCUGUCUUCCAUUUCCGAAUGUAAUUCCACCCGGUCCCUGCUGCGCUCAGACAGUGAUGAAAUUGUGGUUUAUGAGAUGCCUGUCAGCCCAGUGACAGUCAAGGCUCCCUUGCCAGCCAUUACAAACCCACUGGUCAAUGUCCAGAUCGAGCGGUUCAAACAAGACCCCAACCAGUCCCUGACUCCGACACAUGUGACAGUCUCUUCCCACACCCAGCAAAGUGGACACAGGCGUACACCUUCUGAUGGAGCCAUCAAAGGGAGUGGACUGCUUGUCAAUGGGUGCCCAACCAGUGGAUGCCCUUCCAGUAGCUGUUUAACUGGAGCACUGGGAGCAGGUGUAUUAAAAACACCUAGUCCGAGCAGAGAUCCCAGUGAGGUCCCUCGCCUGCCAGACCCCAACCUUGUUUUUCCUCCAACCCCGAGACGAUGGAAUGCACAGCAGGAUCCCACACUAGAAAGACCCAAGACAUUGGAGUUCCUGCCCCGGCCACGUCCUGCAGCCAGUCGGCAGCGGCUUGAUCCCUGGUGGUUUGUGUCACCCAGCAAUGCCAAGGGUGAAUCUUCUGCCAACAGUUCAAGUACUGAUACUCCAAGCAAUCUGGACUCUUGUUUUGCUAGUAGCAGCAGCACUGUAGAAGAGAGACCUGGACUGCCUGCACUGCUUCCUUUCCAGGUGGGUCCUCCUGCAGAGGAGCGGACACUGUUGGACAUAGAUGCUGAGGGGCAGAGCCAGGACAGCACCAUUCCGCUAUGCAGAAGUGAACUUAACACACACAAAGCUGCAGCAUAUGAACUCAAGCAAGAAUUCUGGUCUUAAUAUGAAACCACUGGGGGCAGUGAGCCCCUCUAAAUUCAAUCCUACUUUUUGCACUGAGAAUGCACUUUGAAAACAGACAAGAUGGAGGGAUGCUACAGAGAUCAUAUGGUGCUGCCUCUGCUGAAGAUGUGUUGCCAGCUGCCUGAUUUUUGUCUGCAUUUGGGUGAAACUUGGCAACUCUGAGCUGAUGACUUUUGCUGUGGGGUUUUUCUGUAGUCUUCCCUGCCCUCUUAUUGCAGUUUGAAUCUGCAAUGAGCUAAAAUUACCAUAUCAAAGUCUUUUGUUACUGACCUUGUAGGAUUUGGCACUUGCAGUAAGUAUAUCGGUAUCUAUCCUGGUAUUAAUCAGUAUUUUUAAAUAAUAUUCAAAUAUUACACUACAGCAGACAUCAGUGUUUGAUGUUUUCCCAAGGAAUCCAGAACAAAAACAAAUAAAUAUCUGGAGACUACCUUCUCUGAAAUACACUCAGAUCAUUAGACAGGCCUGGGAAUCAUCAUACCCCCAGUGAAAGAGCAGAAGUAGCUAUCUUAAGACUUGUUUGUCCUCUUUUGCUCAUGAGACAGCGUAAGGUGGAACAGAUGGCAGGGGAAAGCGUGGCAUCUCCACUGGUGGAGGUCUUUGAGAGCAGGUGAACCAGACUGUUGGAAACAAGUAGGUGUAGUUGAUCCUGGCUUCAGGGUAGGUUGGAUGUACUUCAGUGCUCUCUUGAGGUCCCUCUCAGCCCUAUUUUCUUUAUGACUCUGUGCUUUCAAGAUGAGGGCUUAUGGUAUAGCUCUUUAGCUUGUUUUUUAUUUCAGACUUUCAUUCCAUCAGUCUCUUUUUUUUCCCACCCUGUUUCUCAGGCUCAUAGUCAAGUUGCCUCAGCUUUGGGAAGGGAGUUAGUAGAAACUUUCAUUAAAGAUGUGUUGGCUUGCAGAAGUAAGUUAUGUGUUUCCGAAUCUUUUUCUUUCCAUUUUUUUCUUCUUUCUUACACCUUUUAGGAGUGACCCAUGAAACCCAAGAUUGUUCUUACCUACACUGGUACUUGUUUAAGGCUGUUUUGAAAAUAAGGCUUGUUAGCAGUUGGACUGUGCAAAUAGGAAUCAGAACAUUUGGAUUCUGUUUUAUUUUGUCACUGAUUCACUGUGUGACCCUGGGCAAAUAAUAUAACCUCUGUGCCUGAAUUUCCCCAUCUGUAAAUAAUAGGAAUAAUACCUACCUCACAAGGGGAGGGGUUGGGACAUAUAUAAUAGGUAUAAAGUCCUUUGAGAUCUUUGAGUGAAAGGCACUAUAGAUAUGUAGAACUUUAUUCUUGUUCAAAUAUGUAAACCACUCCUAGAUCUGGAGCAAGAACAGACCCCUGUCUGGAAGGAGGAAGUCACACAAAUGGGGUGUGCCUAUGCUCAGAGUUUUCUGUACAAAGACUUCAAGUGUGUCUGUGCCACUGCAGGUAUGUCUUACUGGCUGUAAUGAGAGCUUCAAUAUUCCCCAAAUUUGGCAUUAUAUGUAAGGGAUGUGGCCUUUAUAUGAGUGUAAUAGGGUAGUCUGCUUUAUUGCAGGGUACAGCAUGUCUGUUCACUGUUCUUGUACAGAUCUGUGCUUGUUUUGCUAAUCUGCUGAUAUUUGGUUGCAAAUAAGUCAUUUGACAGUGCUGCCAAUGCAGUGCUCAGCCUGUUGGGGCAGUCCAGUCCUGCUGUGAAGGCAGUAGAGCCGAAUACUUCCUGCAGCUGUCAGCACAGUGAACCUGUGUGUUUAGAUGUUUGUAACCUGAUUUUAGAAACCAGCAUGUGUGGGGAAGAACUGUAUGUAAGGCUUUUUAGUUCUGUGUGAAGACUGAAACCAGCAUGUUCCCAUUAGUCAAGUGCACCUUUUUUUUCAAGCAAUUACAGUAUAUUUUGUUUUGAAAGGUCACAUAUUUCUUGUUUAUCACAUUCCAUGGAAAAUGCUUAAUGGCAGAAUAACUUUCUGCUGCUCUCCUAUUAAAUGCUCCAGAGCUAGCCUUAAUGGUGCUACACUAGAUGUUGAAGCUGGAGAGACUGUUGACUGUUUAGACAAGGUAUUAUAAGGCAGGGUGGGAUUCAGAUACUUAAAGAAAACUUACAUUUCUGACUCUUUUGUUAAAUUUAGACCUUAGGCAUUAUUGAUUUCAUAAGUAUCCUUUUACUUUCUGUUUCUGAAAACUCAAUUUGUGACCCAGACACUAGCAAAAAGACAAAACUCAUCCAACAGAUUGUUAAUUUUAAAUCAACCUUAACGUAAUCUCAGUAAGAGGCUGUGUCAGAGAUAUUUAAUAAAAAAGACAUUAAAAUAAUAUAUUUUUCAUAUUCUUCAUUAUCAUUUUAAAAAGUCUGAAACAAAACUGGACCGGCUGCUCUGAAAUGUAGUGUUUUCUAUCCAAAAGAUAUCAUUAUAAAUGUCAUAGGGAGUAUCAUCUGCUCUGCAAAGGCAUCACCUGGAAUAGCUCCAUUCAAACAGAAAUCUUUAAAAUCCAUUUACUUGCAUGAAAUGGAAGGCCACCUUUCUAGGUCACACUGAUGUAACUCAGCCUGCUAAACGUUCCAAUAGCUGGCCAGUUGAUUUCACCAAGUGAACUUUUAAGGUUUCUGUCAAGUUCCCAGGCAAGACAAACAUAAAAGGCAAGUUGUUCUGUCGCCGCUUUUGCUUAAGAAAGUUGAGGAUGAAGAAUUAACCCUCUUCCCUGCCCCUCUCUGCCUUUUAUAGAAUCACUUGGUGAGGGUAGUAUGUAGCUGAACUUUGAGAAGUACUUUGCUCCAAAGAGUAUCUUCCCUAAUACCAAGUGGACAUUGCUACAUUAAAACACUUGGUAGGACUGGUGACAAGAGUCAAGGAUCCAGAUCAGGGUUACCAAACUAGAUAUUGUUAUUACAAAGCUGCCAGACAGACUAGUUAGAAGCAUAUUGGUUGGUAUGUAUUUGUUUUGUGGUUUUUGUUUGGGUUUUUUUUUAACCCUUCUUCAAUGCAAUUAUUUUCAUUGAAUAUAGCAUGUAAAUUAACCUGAGACAGUCUGUGAGCAUCCACCCAUAACUGUCUUCCAGUGGCCAACCUGAGGUAUCAGGCAAGAGGACUCAUUUGUGAAAACAAGGUUCCUGACUUCAGUAGGUGGUGGGGUAUUCUCUGGCAGGCAGAGAAGGGGCUCUCAAGACAGUUGUCAGGUGUUUUACCUUAUGCACUCCAAAAGCUUUUGCAGCCAGUGUCCUAAGGCCCUGCGGCUGUGUGCAUGUUUAAGCCAGGUCAAAACCUCUCUCUCUAUCCAGCUGUCCCAUCCUGGCUUGAAUUCUCUGCUUUCUUAAUCUGUUGGAGUUUUUCCUUCCCAGUUGUUGGAGCUGAGGUGCUCCAAAUCUCCAAAGGAGUGGUCAGCUAUAGUCCACUAGACAAUGAGAAGGUAUGAGCCUGUCAGCUCAGAAAUCUUUUUUUUCCUACUGGUUGCUAGUAUUCCCAUUUGUCAGGGAAACGAAAAUGUCAGAAUAUUGGUCAUUGACCUACCUUUCUAGUAAUAUUCUUGAGGAAGAUGGUGAAAAUCUUACUUUAAAAACAUUCUAAUAAAUGUAUUGUUUCCUAAAUGUUUGAAUAAGUUGCACUUUUCUUUUUUUCUGAGAAAAUGAGAAAAAGAUAAUGUGGAAGUCACUGAGUAGUCUAAAACAAUGACAAAAGAAUGGAGAAAAAUAUGAAUACAGGCCUUACAAAGAGGAAAUGGCAGUUUUUUAACUGAUAGUAAUAAUGAGAUUGUAGCUGACAGAAAUGUUUGUGGUUUAGAAAUAUAUUUGUAUUUUUGUUUAGCCAGCUGGCAGUGUGUAUCACUAAUUUAUGUAAUUGAUGAGCUGAUUUAGGAAAUAGAAAGAAGUUUGUCAAUCCUUCAAAGUGUGCUGUUCUUGUAGCCUGUUCAAUUUUCCUGUAAUGUUGGAGGGAAGGCACAGACAUAGCAACCAGUGCAAAAAAUGACGAUUUUUUGGAUAAAUUUCUACUGAUUUUAUAGGAAUUGAGUGUGGGACAAGUAGAGAGAAGAAGGCUUUUGUGUCAAAACUAAGGUGAUUAAAUAGUUGUGGAUUCUGUUUUAAUACUGUUGCUUCUUACAGAGUGUAGAGUGGUCUGUUUUACCAGCAAGUAGGUCUUAAUCUCUUCUCAGUCAUUUUCAAUUACAAAAAUGUAACUUUUGAUACAUAUUUUCCCUCAGUUUAUUAUUGCAAUGGGUUGAUACUCAGUAUGGGGCAGGGAACCUCAGUGAAAAUACUCUUUUUGUAAUAGCUUUCUAACAAAAUGAGUAUUUUUAAAGUGAAUUUUUUGUUAUUGAUGGGGAAAGACCUGUUCUGGUUUGGCAUGGUUUUAUGAUUAAAUGUUUUUCUGUACCUCUAGGAAUGGGAGUAGUUGCCUUCCUCUUCAUAGCAUGCUGUUAUCUUAAGACAUUGUGGACAAUACUGCGUAGAGAUGUUACUUCAGUAUGUCACAAAACUGGAUACCUCUCAUUCUGUUCAAGGUGAGGCAGUAAUGUUUAAGUAAAGAAAGUUCUUUGCCUUUGGAGUGUUUUGUUAAAUAAAACAUGACAGGAAACCUUCGACCUUGAGUCACCUUUCUAUCUUGAGAUUAAUUUUUAUUUGAAACCUAAUUCAUCUCUGUGGGAUGAAUAUGGGACCUGGAGUCCCACUGGAUGUAUGGAACCAAACCUAUUCCUAUGUCCCAAAAUUCAGUGAUAGCCUAUUAUUUUUGCAAGUAAUUUUGAGCUAAUGUAAUUAGGUUUGUUUAUUUUUAUUUUUUUGAAGUGUUUCUCCUUGGAAAACAAGCUCAUUGCUUUCUAACCUUUUCCAUGUAUUUUGGGAUACUCUCAAGAACUCUUAGUAACUCGAUGGUGAAUAAGAAGGAUUGUAUAUUCCAGAGUGAUUUAAGUCCUCCUUUUGGCUCCUUUUUUUUUUGUUUCUUUUUGGUUGUCUUUUUGUUUUGUUUUGUUUUGUUUUGUUUGUUUUGUUUUGGUUUUGGUUUUGGUUUUGGUUUUUUUUUUUUUUUUGUUUCUCUUUGGAUUUUUCUUUGGGUUUUUUUGUAUGAAAUAAGGGCAUUUACAUUUGGAAAGAUUUCUGAUCCGUAUCCUGUCACUGAAGAACAGUUUCUUAGCUUCCAUGUUUAGAACUCAUUUAAGACUACAGUUUGGGUAAAAGUGGAUAUUAGGAGGGAAUAGACAUGUAUUAAAACAUACCUGUAGUAAGCAAUAAAUACAGCAAAUACAAGAACCAAAAUACACUCUCACUAUCACAGAGCAUAACUUUCAGACUUCAUAAAUCUUUUUUUGAUGGUAUAAUUGAGAUAUCGGAAAUUGAGAUAUAGGAAAGAAUACCUUCUUAUAUUUUUUCUUAAGUUUACUGUUUUAGUACUAGAAUACAGUGGUUUGCACAGCUAGCUAAUAUAGUAGCUAGCUGGACAGAGUGGAUCUUUAACCAAAUUUGCUUUUUUUCCCCUCUUAUAUUCAAUCCUGGUUUUGGUUUAUAUAUAUAUAUUUUUCUUUUUUUGGUAUUUAACAAACAAUACAGUCUUAAGAAGAACUUAUUGUUAUUAACCUCACUUUCACAGUUUCAGGAGACAUUAUGGAGAUGAAUCUGUGAAUUUUUCUGGUGCUCCCUCUGUUGAAUGCAUUAGCAGAAAGUCAUGCUGCAGUUAAAAUGUGCAUUUGCUUUUGGUUUUUCCCAUGCUUGGCUUUUUUAAACAGUUUUGCCACUGGUCAGAGGUGAACACAACUUCUGAAAUUACCUACAUCAACUUUGUUUUUUGGUGUUGGAAGUAGUCACUCCCAGGCUAAGUGGUAUGUGCUUGAUCAAUAUGUAUCUUGCCACUGGUGACUGGGUGGUGGGUCUGAUGUAGCUACUGGAAUUAUUAUUCCAGUAUUCAAUCCCUUCUAACAAGGAAUUCCCAUUUUUUGCAACUGGAAAAUCUUCAGCACUUCAUCAAUGUUUGUAUACAAGAAAUGCAUUUUAGCUUGUUUUGUACAUAAAUGAAAAAUCUUCCUUUUUCCGAUCAGGAAUAUAAUUUUCCUACUGGAAAUGGCUUCUUGAGCUCUGUGGGUGUUUUUUAGUUAGUUUUCUGUUUGGGGAUAUUGUUAAUUUUGAGUUUGGUUUUUAAGCCUCUCAAAUAUAUAUAUAUGUGUUAGGUGCAUCCUGUAUGCCGAGGUGCCUUCCAUCUCACAUGUCUCCUUGCUGGGGCCUGAGGUUGGUUUUUUGGAGGGACCUCCUAGUUGUAGCUUUCAGUACUGUGUUCUCUGCACAUCAGGCCAAAUACCAUCACAGGAAGCAUUUUGUGUCCUUCCAUAUAUACCCCUGCGUUGAGCCACAUGCUAUUACUGCCUCUCCCUCUUCCUCCAUUAGGGUUUUGGCCCCAUCCCAUCUUUGGUUAUUUAUUCUUGUUGCCACAGUAACAUAGUAAGGCAGAAAACCAGACACAUUUCAGAUGUAAUUUGACCUAAAAGAUUUCCAGGCUAAAAGCAUUAAGAUACAACUGGGUGAAGUGGAAGUGGAGGUUGGCAGGAAAUAACACAGUGAAAUUAUCCCUCUUAAUAUAAGUCAAAGGACAAAGGGGUACUAGCUACUUGGUAAACUGUUGGCAUCCUAGGUAAGUUGGGUCCUAAAGAAGAAUUUGAGGAAUGUACAGUUACUUAAUUUUAUAGAAUGGUUUGGGUUGGAAGGGACCUUAAAGGUCAUCUGGUUCCAGUCCCCCUGCUAUGGGCAGGGACACUUUCCACAAGAUCAGGUUACUCAAAGCCCCAUCCAACUUAUCCAGUUUCUGGUUGGUUUGUUUUCUUUUACCCUGAACUACCUCAUUAGUAGAGAUAGAAUGGGCAGAAAGUCUAAGUUUUGGUAAGAAUUGCUUUAAGUAUGCAGUUAAGGUUGGAAUGAGAUGGGAAGGUAGAGGCAAACUUGUAUUUGGCUCUUUGAUGUGCAAAUUCCUGAUAGAAAAGUAAAACCAGCUAUUCAGUUUAUUAAGUUAAGAUUAUAUUUGCUGUAGAUUUUUAUGUCUCCAAAAUAAACAAUAAAGGACAAAACUGGGCAUUUUUCUUGAUGGUUUCUAACCUGUGGAAGAGUUGAUUGUCCAGAGACAAAAAGGUAGAGUUUUUAUAUUGGUCACUACUGCUUUUAAAAGUGAUAGUCUCUUUUUUCAAAACAGUUUUUUUUUUUUAAUAAUCUCAUGUGCUCUUAAAGGGGAGCUGUACACGAUCCUGAUUGUUUUCCAGUAUUUGCAGUAUUGUUUUCCUAGUGUAUCAGUUCCUAAAACAGUCCUUACUGUAUCUGAAUGCUAAUAAUGUGCAGGCAGCCCAAUAGAACUAAUAUCAAGGAACUAUGACAAAUUUUUAUUGUGCAGUAUAGUGGAUUUCUUAACCCAGCUUGUAGUGGGCUACUGUUAGGUCUGUAGCUGAUGAGUCAGAUGGAUGCACAGCUAGAAAAAGGGGGCUUAGAACAAAUCUGCAGGAGCAAUUCCAAAGUUGUAUUUGCUUAAAAUAAGCAAUUUGACAAAUGAUCAUAGAGGGAGGCAGGGGAAAGGCCCUUCAUUAAUCCGAAGUGCAUCUAUAAGAUCUUGUCCAUGCUCAAAUUUUAGUUGUCAGGAUAGCUAGUGAGAAUCUACAUUGUGUUCAAUGUGGCUGAAACCUCAACAUUAAGACAAGAAUAAUUUAUUUUAUAUAUCUAUUUCAGACUGAUUAACCCUGUCUCCCAUUCUACCUUGAUUGUUUUGAUUCAAUAUUUUCUCAAGAACAGAUAUUGAGGUUGGAUAAAACUGGCCUCCUUGUCUUGGAGAGGUAUAUAGAUCUGAGAGAGAAGAAACAUUGCUCUAGCCACAUCCUGAUCUUUUGUGUCCUGUGAUCUUAGCUGGACAGGUUAUAAUGGCACAGAAGACAUGCUGGUGUUUUUUGAAGCUUCAUUGAUAGGAAUGCUGCUAGCAGCAAUUAAGUUACAGAACAAAACUGGCCUCUGAUUACUGCUUGGCAUAGCUAAGUUGCACACUGAGCUUCUUGAGUCUAACUAUAUCUGCAAGUGAACAGAGCUUCUUCCUUGAGUUCUGCUGGAAUUUGUGAAUGUUCUCAGCUUGGGUAAUUUGUUUUCUCCCAGACCUGGUCAAUAUCACAAAAUCAGUUGACAUGCUCAACUGAUUGCCCAGAUACUCACAGUAGGCUUGUUCUUCUGUCUUACAUGCUUUAGUGAGCAGCUCUUACAAUGUCAGCAGGGUUAAGAUUUGUAUCUGAGCAGAGCAGCUAAUAUCUCUGAGCUGACUUUUCACACUGCAUCUCAAGCAGUUCUUACUCCAUCAGUUCUGCCAUUGCUCUAUUUUCCAGGUUAUCUUGUCAACUAUAAUGAUCCAGAUACCUUAGACUGCAAAGAAUAUAGCCACAGGGAAAAAAAAGUAAGAAAGAAAGCAUACUUAAGAAUGUUUGCCAGUUGAACUGGUUGAAUUUGGCCAGAGAGUAGGAUCCAUUCUUUUGCAACAUAGAUCUCUUUGGGGGAUGGCUAGGUUUGAACUGCAGAAUUUACCUAGAUCCACCUAAAGUCCAUAGGUACCCGUGCCCAUCAUGUUUGGCAGUUAUAAGAAGAUGCCACAUAAACCCAAGAGCAUCUAUUACUAUAAGUUUGUAUUUAGGUUCAUUAACUUUCAAGUUAAAAGGGAAGAGGCCUCAAUUCAGAAAGCUCUUCAUCACAUACUUAAACAUCAUUGAAGUCAGUAGAAUGUAUUUGUGGGUCAAAAUGCACAAGACCCCAUUUGAGCAAAGCUCUUUAAAUCUGAAUUGGGGGAUUGUAAUGUAGAGACUGAUGGUGUAGGACCAGGUUCUUACCUUGAUUGUCAGUGUAAGGACUCAAUUAACAUGAGGAAAAAGUUCCUCAACAAGCCCCUGGGUAAAAUGCUGGUUUGAUUGCUGACUCUUGUGGCCUUUCCAUGGCUGCAUAUGCCAUGCCUAUUUGACUGCUACUUCUAACCAUAAGCAGGGUAAGCUCUGAGAAUGUUUUAUGACAUGGGGUGAAAGAGCAGCAACUUCUGCAUUAGCAGAUUGCUAGCUGUAAAGGGACAGUAAGUGGUGACUGGAGGCUCUGUGUGCAAAUGGCAGUUUAACCUGAGGCCUAUUCUCAAGUGUUUCUUCUCAUUUUACAAAUGCAUCCCUCCAGGCUGGUGGACGGACCUGACAAGUUCAGCAGUGAUCAGCAUCCACCACUUUUACUAAAGUUCUAGGAUUCUUGUCUGUCAGCUGUCAGCACAGCACAUUGUGCUGCUAUAUUUGAUUUCUUUGUCAUAAAUUCAGGACAAAGUGGAAAUAUCUGAGAUAUUUUGCCUGACUUAAGUUGAGAGAUUUAUUUGGAAUAAGCAGGCAACAGUGGUGGAAAAAUCAGGGAAAAUACCUGUGCUUUUAACAAUGUUUCUUCUGUGGCUUUGAAAAUCCAAGAAUUUCUCAGCCAGAGAAUGUAUUUCCUCCUUCUUUUUAUAAGCUACUUUCUUUUGCCUUAUUAAUUGUGGAUCUGCUCCUGCUUCUAUUUCAAGCCAGAUGCAAAAAUAGGUGACCUGACUUUCCUAGGUACAAUGUUGUAAAUCUGAAUAACCAGGUGAGUAGAUUUCUCUAGUGUAAGAUCAUGCCCCCGUGUCUGAUCCUUUGAGAUAUGGGAUAGUUCCUGCUUGUGUUGAAAUCACUGUGUGGAGGAUGUUGGGUACUUGAUAAGGAACUCCAAACUCUGUAGGACUGGGAUUCAUCUUCUAGCUCAAGUAUUUCAGUCUGGUUUUGGAGACCUCUGUAUGUCUUCUCUUCCGUUCAUGGUGUUCAAAAGUCUGUUGCUAUGGAAGUAGCACCUGAAGGUAUGUUUUGCCUGAAGAAUCUGCAAUGAAGCAGUUACAUUACCAAAUGGCAGUGUACCCCAGAAUUGAGUAAAAUAACAGAGGCCACCAAGUUUUUCUUGUUUGUGUGAUGAAAUGUUGUCAAAUUAAGUGAUUUGUUGGAGCCUUCCUUUAACUUCUGUACAGCAGUAAGCUUAGAGGAAAAGAAGAUUGCAUUAUUUUUUAAAAAGCUUUAUUUGUGACCUGGACUUGUUGCCUCUAACCCUCUUGGGCUUAAAUAGUUAAAUUAUAUUAAUGUCCAGUUUGUUUCACUGUAGGUAACACAUCAGCUGAAUACUCUUGUGCAUAAUCUACUGUAUCUUUCCUCUGUUCUGUGUCAAUGUAUUAUGUGUAUUUGGAUUACAAUUCUUUUUGUAUUAAAUUAUUUUAUGUUAUAGAACAAUAUUUAAGUGAAGCAAAGAGCUAAUGGAAGUUGUUGACGUUUUGGGAUUUCUUUUCUCUUUGCUCUUUUUUUGGAUGUACUGUAAACUGUAAACCAAGGAUGCCAAGCAGGCUUGGUUCAAUGGCUAAAAUUAUUGUAUUACAGUGUAAUGCUGAUCUAGGCCUUGUCUCAACACUAGAGCACACAGACUUGAAUAAAACUGUUAUAAAAGUGA